CAAGAAGGAGAAAGAGAAAGGAUUGAGAAGAAAAAGAAAGCAAUGGUUGCUGCUGAAAGUGACGAGUCAUCCAGCUCAAGCUCGGAUGAAGAAGCCCUCGUCUGCAUGGAGCGCAGAGUUGAGAAGUCCAACCAUGAGGAUAGGUGGACUAUGUCAGAAGAUGACACUCUCUGCCUAAUGGCCAAAGAUGAUGCUGAUCAAGAGGUAACCUCACAAACCUCCUGCUCAUCUUCUUAUAGCACACCAACUUCUGAAAAUCUUUUUGACCCGUUCAAAAAGAUGAUGAAAGACUUUGAGGAGAUAAAUCUCAAACACACAUCCUUAACAGAAGAGAACAAACUAUUAAGUGAAGAAAAUCUCAAGUUGACUGAAAGUCGGAAAAGUCAACUGAAUGAGAUCACUCAACUCAAGACUGAAAAUGAAUCUCUCUCUGAAAAGGAAGCCGCUAAGUACCCAGGUGUCUGGUACUUAGACAGUGGCUGUUCAAGACACAUGACGGGUGAUGCGAGCCUUUUGAGCAAUCUAAUUCCCUAUGAUGGUCCAAGAGUUACUUUUGGAGGAAGCAAUGAUUUUGGCCUUACCAAAGGGCUAGGAAAUCUGGUGUACAAGGGACUAACCAUCCAAGCUGUAUCUUAUGUUGAAGGUCUCAACUAUAACCUUCUUAGCAUAAGUCAGUUUUGUGAUAAAGGUUACUCCUUGGAAUUCUGCAAGGACAUGGCAUCUCUCAAGAACAUCUCCACAAAUGAAGUCAUUCUCACUGGGAAGAGAAUCAGAAACAUCUAUGAAAUGAUAGCCGCUCAAGAACUCUUCGAAUUUCUUCAAAUGGAGAUUCGCCUCAAAUUCGAGGAAGAAGUUCUUGAAUUCUACAGAAAUGGAGAAAUCAAAUCUGCUCAGUCAAAGAAAAAUCCACAGAGGACAUUUCCAGUCAUCAAGUCCACUGUUGGAGGCUCAAAGGUGAAGCUUUCGCAGAAGAAAUUGGGAAGAAAGCUUCGCCUUCCCAAUUCUGGGGUUGAAGUUGGGAAAUUUCCAGUCAAAAAUAUGGACUGGAACAUCAUUGGAAUUUCUGGGCGAACUCCUUCCGGCCCAGCAAAGAAAGCAGAUCUGAACAACGAUUACAAAUUGAUUCUGGAACUGGUCAUCGCCUGCCUCGAAUGUGGGAGUGGAGGUCAUGACGAUGACAUCACCCAGGAGAGAGCCUUCAUCAUCAACGCUCUCAUUACCAAAACUAAGGUAAACUGGGCUCCACACUUUUUCAAUUCCAUCUCAAAGCAUCUGGGAAAGCCCAACCAGAAAUAUCUUUGUCAAGGACUAUACCUUGGACAUAUCUUGGAGUCUAUGGGUAUUGCUUCUAAAGGAAAGAAGUAUGGAGAAAGAUACUGGCUAUACUACUUAUCCUCCAAAGGAGAAAACGGAGCCAGUGCCAGUACCACUGCAGAAGAUAGCUCAUCAGAUAAUGUCCUACUCAUCCAUAUGGCAAAGACUGCCAAAAGAAAGCAAGUGGUGUCCCCCUCUCCCUCCACUGAAGCACCACAGAAUCUUGCCUUGGUAUGUUUGGAAGAAGAAGAAGAAGUCUCUGACCAUGGAGAACUUCAAAGGAAGAAGAAGAGAAAGAUCAACUCUUCAUCAACAUCCAAAGAUGUCGAUUCGGAUGAGUUGAAGGAGACGGAAACUGCUGAGGAAACCUCUAUUCAAAACCAGAGCCCUCAACAAUUUGAAGAAGAAAUCCCUCCAGUCCAAAGCCUUCCAACCUCAUCUCAGCCUCAUACAGAUGAUGCUGACAACAAAUUCUGGCAGCUCUACUAUAAUUGGAGAGCUUGGAAAGUUGGAAAUUCAGAAGAGCAACUAUUGGAUUGGGACCAACAGCUGAAGAAUGAAAAGAUUAUCAAGAAAUGCCUAGGACUACCAGUCAACCACUGCUGUGAAGACAUCUUGGAUGACUACUGGGUAUGGCAAAGGAACAAUAAGGAUCUGCAUCUGGAACACUUGGCCACUACACCAAUUUCAGACUUUGAAGCAGAUGAUGAAGAUACUGCAGUCUACAAGCCAGUCUUCUCAAAAGCCACAGAAGAUCAAAUGGCUCCCACUUCUGAAGAAAUAGCUGUUUUGGAAACAACAGCUGAGGAUUUCCCUAUCUUUACGGAAACCUCACCUGCGUUCGAAAUGGUUCUGACUGAAACUGUUCAAGAGAAGGCAGCCUCUCCCCCACAAGAGCAGAACCAGGAAGCAACUGAAGAAGAAGAAUUUCAGCGACUGAUCCAAUCUCAAGUGCUCGAGAUCCUCACAACUCCUUGUGAGAUCUCCAAUCAGACACAACUUGAGAUUCUGGAAAAGUCAGCAGAAAUUCCGGAACAAUCAGCCCUAGCUAUAGCUUCAGCAAAUCAAGUAGUAACCAAAGACUACUUGAAGGUGAUCAUUGACAAUCAAAAGGAAGCAUACAAGCUGUUCAGACUUAUUGGUGCACAUUCUGGGAACCGCAAGAUGGAAGUAAUUCUCCAACAACACAGUCCAUCUCCAAUACCACAGCUCCCUAUUGCAGUCAAUGAAGGAGAAGCAUAUUAUGUCCCUUCUCAUCUGCACAUGACUAAUCUGAUCCUUGAAGCACAGCAAAGAAAUCCGGAAAACUCAGCACAACACCUAUCCAGCUCAGGACUGGAUGGAACAGAAUUUAUAGGUGCAGUGGCUGACCACUUCUCAGAUGUUGCUCAAACAGAGGAAAGGCGUGAAAACUUAAGGCGCAUCAAAGAACUGUGUGGGAACAUGCAGGGCAUCAGUGAAGUUGCCGGAUCUUCAAAACGCAAAAGGAACUGAAGGUUCUUUUCAUCAAACUAGGGGAAAGUAUGUGAAAACAUUUGUUUUGAUGAAAACACCUUCUUGUUUAACCAUUGCUUGAUUGGUUUAAACAUUGCUUAAGUAUGCCUUAAUUGUGCUUAUUAUGCUUGAUUAUGCUGAUCUCAAGUAUGAUUUUGUCUUAAUUAUUUUUCUGAAGCGCAUACAUUCAGGGGG